AUGAGCUUUCGAUCUCCACCUAUGGCCCUCGUCCAAUGUGUCUUACAGCUCUGGUUAGCUGUUGGACCCUUGGCUUCAUUGGAAUCCUUUUCAUCCUUUCCGCUGGUUGGGUUUCAAUUUCCAGCUCUCCCGGCUAGUAAUUCGAUCACCACUCCGAUCCGGUCGAUAGUGCCUAACGAGCAAGAAGACAAUCAUAAAGUCGAAUCUCCGUUUAAAUCACGACAUUACGUUUAUGAUUACAGUCAAGUAACCGAGAUACCAAUCGAGCCCUCUGACGACAAUCCGUCCCAGGACGGUUUCACCAAGCAACGUUGCUAUCCAGGUUCAGACCCUACAGAAGAACAAUAUUGCGUUUAUGCCAAUCCAUCGUUUGGAGAGGACCGGGGAAUGGUACUUUACAUCCGACCAUCGCACUUACUAAAGAAGCUGGACUCGUUUACGAUAUUCAAGCACGACUCUCACUUGUUAACAGAUAAAAGACGAGCAGAAUUUCCUUACAAGCUGGUCCACAUGCCCACGAAAGGCGGGCUCGGAGCAGUCGCAGACAGGAAAAUUAACAUUGGCGAGGUUGUUAUUGAGGACUACUCAUUGAUCGUGAUCACUGCCGAUAUUUCUGAAAUCGACCUUCAGGAGUGGGCACCAAGACUCAAGUACAUGGUUGAUUUAUUGCCAAUCAAGGGUCACUUGAACCAUGAUUGCCGUCCAAACGUGGGCUACGUGUUCAACAACGUAACUCUUCAAGUUGAGAUGCACGCACUGCGGGAAAUCGCGCCAGGGGAGGAAUUGACUAUUUCUUAUAUCAAAUUGGUCCAAUCGCGUGAAAAACGACGCGCAAAAUUGCAUCAUACUUACGGCUUCCACUGUGGUUGUUCCCAAUGCUCGUUGUCUGAUGCUGAGAGUGCUGCUUCCGACCUACGUCUUGAAAAACUUAUUGAAAUGUGGGAUGUUGUUGCUGACUGGGAAGCUACACCACCUCCUUCGCCAGCCAUGGCCGAGGAAAUCAUUGAGAUUUUCAAAACAGAGCGCAUGGAUGUGGUUAUGGAAGAGCCUUAUACGAUGGCAGCCCUGGUUUAUAACUCAUGGGGCUUAACUCAUGAGGCCCGAAAAUAUGCGUCCCUGGCGAUUUCUUACGGGGCAUACGUUAGUGGCAAAACAUGGAUAGAAGAAUCACCUCAUUUAUCGCUUAUCUACGACCCAGAAAACCAUUGGUCGUACAAUAUCAGAAAAGAGAUGGAGUCUGGAGAAGCCCUGUCGAAUAGUGCCAAUCAUAUUCAUACUCAUGCUGAGCUAUGA